AUGGACCUAGGAAGUUUCCGGUCAGAGUUAGUGGACACAUUAUGGAAAUACUCCACACCUGUUCGAAGGGGUCGUCCAACUUCAAGUUCUAUGCAGGAGCCUCCUUCAAAAAUAAGAAAAGGAAAACCAUGUCAAGCUUUGCCCUCAUUGGAUGUGAUACUCGAUGGAGUGGGACAUGAACAAAUAAGAAUGCCUGACAGACAAAGGUGUUCCCAUCAUAUAAUUUGA